GGUAUUUACUGUUUAGUUGGUAAUUGUUAUUCUUCUUUCUUAGGUACUCUUUUGGGAUUUCAUUUAAUGUAUACUAAUUAUUUGUAUAGUUUUGUUAAAGAUGUGUACAAUCAAAUACUACUAAAGUUUUCCUAAAAAUACAAAUCCAAACAUUUUGAAAAAUAAGAAGAGGUAAACAUGAAUAAUUCAGCAUCGGGUAUAGAAAAUGCCGGUGUUUAUGAACUUAUCACGAAAUUGUGCGAGAAAAUGGCUGAAAAAUACUGCGAUAAUAAUAGGUUAUCGCUGAAGCUCUUAGCAUCAAAGUUAAGAGCUCAAUCAUAUGAAAUUAUUUUAAAAAGAUCUUCUACUGGAGUUUCAUCACUGAAAGCUGAUCCUAUUAAGGAUUUAUUAUCUCAUCAAUUUGUAUCACAGCUAACUGUUAAAAAUGUUGCUGAAUAUAAGCGGUCUAUUGAUCUAAAAAAUAAUAUAAGCAAUAUACGUAAUGAAGACUUUGGAGAAAAGCAGGAUCUAGUCAAUAAUGUACUUAGAUUAUUGAUUGGGCUUCAAAAUUCUAUAAAUGAAGAUUUAUCAAGUGAAAUGUUUCAGAAUCCAUUUUCUUUUGGUCUUUUUGAUGAAAUGCUUCCAAAGCCGAAGAGAGAGAUUUUUGGAUCACCCCAGCCAUACUCAUAUUUUCCAAAACAUGUCUUUGAACUACCAUACUCAUUGAAACGUCAAGAAAAUAUUUUAGAUAACAAAAAAUAUCUAUGCUACACUGAGUACACAGUUGAAAGUUUUGAUUCACGUUCAUUUAUUCCUGAUAUCCAAUCUCAACCAGGCAUAGAUGAAAUGAAAUCAUUCCAGAGUCCCAUGUCAAUACCAUCUAUGACGUCAACAGCUUUAUCUCCUUAUACAGAAAGUACAAUAUUUAACUAUCCCAGACUGAUUGCUCCUAGAGAUCUUUACAUACCAAAAUCUGAUCUUCACAUUCAAAAUUAUAUGGAUGUUAAUGUUAAGGUUUCUUUGGCUAGUACAAGUGUUAAAUCAGACAUACCAGAUAUGUUUAAAGUCAACACAGAUGAGUCUUUGAAUGUGUGGGAGAUUGUAACACAAUUAGAUAAAAAUAUACCAGAGGAUAUUUGGGAAGAAGUUUCUAAGAUGCCUAUAGUCAAUGAAAGACAGCUAAUAGCCUCUUCUUCAAGAGAAAUGUGUCUAUGGAGGAGUAUCUAUGGCAGUGAAUUAUCUGAUCUUAAGAUUAUUUCUGAAAAACAAUUUAUCAGGCAUAUUAUGUAUUUGAUAAUUGGUGUAGAAACGAAUUCAUUUCCAUUUAGCGAAGCAUCAAAUUGUUUUUACAUUAAAGACAAUUUGGUUCUUGAAGCAAUAUCCAAAGAACAUUUAAGAGGAUAUAUUUCACCUUUGUUACUAGUCGGCACAUAUUAUAGACGUCUUUACAAUUUCGCAUUUAAUCUUACUGCUGAAGAUCACUUUCACACUAAAGGACUUGUUUUUGAGGCGGCAAGAGAAGUAAUCAGAAGAUACUUAUUAGAAUUUCGUUUGACUGCAACGGAAAUAUAUGAAGAAUAUUGUAAAAAUAAGAAAGAGGAGCUGAAUUGUAUGCCAACGUUAUUGCAGAUCUUGCAUCAUAUGGAACCAUUAAUUUAUGAGAUUGAAACUAUUACUUCGAUAUAUAAAAUGGUCGAUCCGGAUUCAACAUCGAUACCACACGGUGCCGAGCUGAUGUCAUAUUUGUUCAAUGAAAUAUCCCUCGUGACGCACAGGAAGACAUCUCUAACGCUUUUUAAUUCAUUGUUUUGUAUUUGCAGGGUUUAUUUUAAAUUCAUAGAACGUUUUAUAUUCGAAGGUGAAUUGGAUGAUAUAUUUAAUGAAUUCUUCAUAAGAAAAGACAAUCAGUAUGUGAAUUCUCGUUCGAAACGUUACUGGGAUAAAGGUUUUCAUAUCACGCUAAGUGUAGCGGUGCCUGAUUUUCUAAGACCUCUAGCAACUUUUAUAUUGCUAUGCGGAAAGUCUCUGCGACUAUUGAAGCUGUGCAACCCUAGUGAUCCUCUAGUCUUACUUAUAUCGUCAGACCAUCCCUCCGUCCGUUGUUGUGCCAGUUUUGAGGAGCUGGAACGUCAGCAGGAAAUCCUAGAUGUGUACCGCACACGGUGCUUGUUCGUUAGCGGCGAAACUGUUACAUUUGAGCAAAUAUUGCUUAAAAGGGAAGCAGAAAGGAAAGCGUUUACUGAAAUGGCCUCUUUGAAACAGGCUGAAACUAUGGAAAAGAUUGUUGCUGAAAGAAAAAGAUUAGCCCAAUUAAUAAUAGCUGAAAAGCAGCAUUCAUUGAGGAUCUUAGAAGCAGCGAUGGCUGAAGCGAAAGCUAGUAAAACCAAGGUUAAGAAGCGUGACGGAAAACUUUGUAAAUUGGAAGAAGCGGCUAAGAAGGCUACCGAAGAAGUAGAUUCGAAACUAAGAGAUGAUGAAAAGAGUAAGAUCAUGGAAUACUAUUCGAAAUUGAAUAUGGAAGUGGAAAAAAGUAAGAUACAUACAGAGUGGAAGAUAAAACGCCUGCAGUUAGACCAAAGUAGAAUGCAACUCCUCUCUACUGAAGAGAGAAAUUUAAAAAGGGAAAAGCUGGAAUUGGAACAUCAACGUAAUGAAGUUAUGGCGAUGUCCAUACAGAGUGAUUUCAAAUAUGAUGAUGAUCUUGAUAAUGUUGACAAUAAUAAUGGCGAUAUGGAAAAUAAUUCUACGGCUGACUCAACGCCUUCUGCUGAGAUCAUCGAAGAGCCCGAAUGUUCUGCAAUCUCAGAAUUUAAUAGAAACCGGGAAAAAACACAAAAUUCAUCAGACGUAUUUAGUGCUAUCUGUAAUGUCGCCAAGAGUAUUUUCGGCGUAUCAAAAUCUAAAGCUGGUUCGCCUUGUGAUAAUGAACUAGAAGUUGACAUUCAAGGAAAUGUUGUUAAUGCUCUUAAAGAAAUUAAUCACGAAACUAAAGCGGAUCAAACAUCUAACGAUGUGAUUGGCGCGAACUUAGAUAAUGCGAUCGAUAAUUUAAGAUUUCUUGAAAGCAAACAAGAGGCAUUGAAAAAUAAACAGAAAGUUAUGGCGCAUGAGUUUGGUCAAAUAGACACAGAAAAUAAUCAGGCGAAAGACCUGUCGCCUACGGUAAAUUUUCCAGCACUUGAUGAAGAAAAUAAUGAAAACUUUUGGACACCGAAUGCUGAAGCUAAAAGAAACAAGCAAAAAGUGUUAGGCGCUGAAUUUGCAAUGAUUAAACAAGAAGUCAAGGAGAUUGUAUCGGAGCCACGAACCGAGGCACAAAAAGAAGCCCUCUUGAACAGACAAAAAGUAUUAGGCGUUGAAUACAAUCUGCCAUACGAAAAUAUCGCUAAAAAAGAACCUGCGAAUGUAGCCCAGGAAGAGGCGAUACGUAAUAAGAAUAGAGUACUAGGUUCAGUUUAUGAAAAGACUAUGAAAACUGUUGCAAAGUUUGAUGCCGCUAAAAAGUCUGCUUUGAGGUUAAACUUAAAACCCUAUAGUGAUACUAUGGUUACAAAGACGUCUAAUGUUACACCAAAUACUGGGGCGGUAACUCCGGGUGAAUUAUUUCCAGGGCUUGACCUUGAAACUCCUACAACUGCUGAAAUGCCGUUGGAUGGAGCAAUGACAAGUGAAAUAUUUACUCCACGAAGUGAAGGUAGUAGAGGCCUUGAAUCAGCGAAAGUUAAACCCGAUAAAGAGUUUUUGACAUCAGAUGGGUUUAAUUUUUCAUUGAUCGUGGAAGACGAAGCUGUCGCGACAGAAGACAUUAGUGACGCUCAAACAGAAGUGAGCCCUGAAAGUUCACCUUCAAAAAGCGUGGAUUCUUGUAUUAGUCCAUUAUACAGUAAACGAUCAUUGUUUAAUAUAAUAGAUGGUUCGUACAACUUGGAAUCUUUCGAUCCAUUUGGCGUGAAGCAACUACAGAACUAUUCUAAAGAUUAUUUUAACCAUAAAAUAAAUGAAGAUUCAAAUUCUGUAUACACUCAUCCAGCUGUUCUAAUGGAGGAAGUAAAGAAGAGGCCUUAUAAUAACAUAUUUAUGUCACAUUGCGACCACGAAGAGGAAGAUCAGAAAAUAUCCUGCGAUAAUAUAGCAACACUCACAGCUUGCUUGCAAAGAUCAGUAAUGUUGCCAUUGACUUAUCAAUUGGAAGUCGUCAAUAAUUCGAUUCUCACACAUUUUCUAGUCAAUCUAGACAUGUAUGAACAUUUAAGAAGUUUGAAGGAUUAUUUUUUCUUAAUGGACGGAGAGUUUUCUAGAAGCAUUUGCCAUAAUUUAUUUACAAAGUUAACCAAAACAUUGAACCCGCAAGAGUUGUUGAAUUUCGCCACUUUACACAAUAUUUUAGACAAAGCUCUAGGGUCAUCGAUUUCACAUGUUCACAAAUUUUCUGAAAAUUUAUCAUUUACGAUUACGGAAUCGCCCCUGAGUUUUCAACAUAGUUCGCCGGAUGUGUUACAAUGUCUGUCUCUAACAUACUCCGUGAGUUGGCCGCUGAACAUCAUACUGUCGCAGGAAGCGUUGCUACGAUAUGCCAAGGUGUUCCAGUUUCUAAUAAAAAUGAGGCGAAUAUUUUGGGUUUUGAACGAGGACUUCGUGACUCUUAAACUCACAGCAAAAUUAUCGAGACAGCAUUCACGAAAACUCCUCAAGUCCUCUCAGUACAUAUCGGUACAAAUUUACCGACAUAAUAUGGCGUCAUUAAUAAGGGCAUUGGACAAUUACAUCGUGACGACAUGCAUACUAACGUCUUGGACGGAAUUCGAGAAAGAUCUGAAGAAAGCUAAAACGUUGGACGACCUGUACGAAUGUCACGUGGUUUAUAUAAAGAAAGUACUCUUCAGAUGCCUCUUGAAUAAUAGAUCGACGCCCGUGAUGAAACUCUUGAACGAUAUCUUCACUGUUAUAUUAAAAUUUAAUCGAGUUUUAAAAGCGGGAGAAUGGCGACAAAACCUGCCCAACGGCUGUUUCACGCAUACAAGUUACGUUCAAUUAGAAGAACUUUUCCAUUUGUUUGAAAAACUUGCGAAGUAUUUACACAAAGUCAUAACAAAGUUAAUGGAAUGCGGUUACCAAAGGCAUUUGGUUGAAUUACUGACUAUGGUUAACUUAAAUGGUUAUUAUGAUCCUGAUAGGUCUAAAGAAGACACUAACAUUAGUUUACAGUCUACGUGAAAAUUGCCAAAUUGAGUAUUUUUAGGGGUCCUGAUUUUUUACCAAAACAUAUCAUAAAAUCUCCAAUUCACUUUGGGCAAAAUUAUUAAUAAUAAUUGUCUUAACACUAACUAUGCGUUCUAUGAAUAAAACUUCAGCAUUCAAAAUA